CCUCUUCCCUAGAGAGAGACGUCCUAUGCGAAGCUGGAGGCCUAGUCCAGUUCUCUUGUAGCUCCGCCCCCUAAAUCAGGGUGGCCGUUGACGUCAUCGGGAGGGGACGCUGAGAAGCUUGAGCUCGGAGAGCAAGAGAAAAGAUUGAGCCUCGCGGGGACCCGUAGUCCUCAAUCCGAACUGUGUUGUGACUGAAGGAGAGAAAGGGAAGGGGAAGAUUGAGCCUCGUCGGGAUCCGUAGUCGGCGGCGCUCUCGUCGGCGGCGCGGCUUCCUCUCUGUCUGUCAGUCAGGCGAUGGAGCGGCGGCGGUGGCGGGCGCUCUUCUUCGUCCUCCUCCGGGAGGGCCUCUGGGCCUCGGUGGCGCUGCUGCUCCUGCUCCCGGCGCUGGGCCCUGUCUCGUCGUCCUCCUUGGCCGUGGCCGGAGCGGGGGCCUCGGAGGCGGCGCCGGCGGAGAAGGAGUGCGAGAAGCCCUGCGCCAACGGCGGCCGCUGCCAGCCCAGCACCGGGCACUGCGAGUGUCCCCACGGCUGGGUCGGAGAACAGUGCCAGCACUGCGGGGGGCGCUUCCGGCUUACUGGGCCUUCAGGCUAUGUGACCGAUGGACCUGGGAACUAUAAAUACAAGACAAAAUGCACCUGGCUCAUUGAGGGAAGGCCGAACACAAUCCUUAGGCUCCGCUUUAAUCAUUUUGCAACGGAAUGCAGCUGGGACCACUUGUAUGUCUAUGAUGGCGAUUCCAUUUAUGCUCCUUUACUGGCUGCCUUCAGCGGCCUUAUUGUUCCUGAGAGGGAAAACAACGAGACAGUCCCAGAAGUCGUUGCCACCUCCGGCUAUGCGCUUCUGCAUUUCUUCAGUGACGCGGCUUAUAACUUGACGGGGUUCAACAUCACCUACAACUUCAACGUCUGCCCUCGCAACUGCUCUGGCCAAGGGGAAUGCAAGCUCACCCACAGCAGCAAAGUGGUUGAGUGUGAAUGUUCAGAGCAUUGGAAAGGAGAAGCCUGCGACAUUCCUUUUUGCCCUGAAGAUUGUGGCUUCCCAGAGAGGGGCCAGUGCAGUAGGAAUGUCUCUCAGGGGUGUGUCUGCACCGCUGGAUGGCAAGGCACAGACUGCUCAGUUCCUGUUCCAGCAAACCGCUCGUUUUGGACCCGUGAAGAAUUCUACCUGCCCAAGCUCCCAAGAGCAUCGCAUAAAGCGAUAGUCCAGGAUGACAUCAUGUGGGUUGUUGGAGGCUACAUGUUCAACCACACAGAUUCCCAAAUGGUUUUGGCGUAUGACCUUGUUUCCAGUGAGUGGCUACCUCUCAACAGCAGCGUGAAUUCAGUUGUGAUCAGAUAUGGUCAUUCUGUGGCCUUCCAUGAAAAUAAAAUCUACAUGUACGGAGGCAAGAUAGACGAAUCCGGGAAUGUCACCAACGAGCUCUGGGUGUUCCAUAUCGCCAACCAGUCCUGGGUCCAAGCCUUCCCCAAAGCCAAGGAGCAGUACGCCGUGGUCGGCCAUUCGGCGCACAUCGUCCCCUUGGAUGAUGGCUCGGUUGUGAUGCUGGUCAUCUUUGGGCACUGCCCUCUUUACGGGUACAUCAGCAAUGUGCAAGAAUACAAUCUGACAUCAAACACAUGGAGUAUUUUAACAACAAAUGGAGCCUUGGUGCAAGGAGGCUAUGGCCACAGCAGUGUGUAUGAUCCCAACGCAAAGUCCAUCUAUACCCAUGGGGGAUACAAGGCUUUCAGUGCCAACAAAUACAGGCUGACAGAUGAUUUAUACAAGUAUGAAGUCAAUAGGCGUGUCUGGACAAUUCUCAAGGAGAGCAAGUUUUCCCGGUAUUUGCACACUGCUGUGAUCAUCAGUGGGACCAUGUUGGUCUUUGGAGGAAAUACCCACAAUGACACCUCCAUGAGUCAUGGGGCCAAGUGCUUCUCUUCGGAUUUUAUGGCCUACGAUCUGGCUUGUGACCGCUGGUCUGUGCUUUCUCCACCCGAUCUUCCCAACGAUAUCAACAGGUUUGGACAUUCGGCGGUGCUGCACAACAACGCUAUGUAUAUAUUUGGAGGCUUCAAUAGCCUCCUUCUAAGCGACAUUGUGAAGUACACUCCAGAAAGCUGCGAAGCGUACAGCAAUGACACCUGCGCAAGGGCAGGGCCUGGCCUCCGAUGCGUGUGGAAUGCCUCCGUUUCCCAGUGCCUUCCGUGGGAAAUGGCCACCGCACAACAAGAGCAGAAAGUCAUCGAGGAAUGCCCUCCUUCACCAGCCACAGACCAUGAAAAAUGCGAUCAGAUCACAGACUGCUUCAGUUGUACAGCCAACACAAACCAAUGCCAUUGGUGCCCUGACCAGUGUUUGCCGAGGAAUCGCAACUGCUCAGAAGACCAGACUCCCAUUACUGUCUUCGAAAAUUGCUCCAAGGAUAAUCCUGCCUUUUACUGUAACAAAAAGACGAGUUGCAAGAGCUGCAGCCUGGAUCAGAACUGUCAGUGGGAAGGCCGGAAUCAAGAGUGCAUUGCUUUGCCUGAAAACAUCUGCGGGGCCUCGUGGCACCUAGUUGGCAAUUCUUGUUUGAAAAUCACAAACACCAAAGACAGCUAUGACAACGCCAAGCUGACCUGUAGGAACCACAAUGCCGCCCUGGCAUCGCUCACUACUCAGAAGAAGGUGGAAUUCGUUCUCAAGGAACUGCAGAAGAUCCAGGCCUCGGCCAAAACACUGACGCCAUGGGUUGGACUACGGAAGAUCAACAUCUCAUACUGGUGCUGGGAGGACAUGUCUCCCUUUACAAACACCUUGCUGAAGUGGAUGCCGGAGGAGCCGAGUGACAUUGGGUUCUGCAGUUAUUUGGCAGACCCCAGCAAAGGAGGGCUGAAGGCAGCAACGUGCAUCAACUUAGUCAAUGGCAGCGUCUGCGAAAGGCCUGCCAAUCACAGCGCGAAGCAGUGCCGCACUCCCUGUGGUUUGAGGAUGGCCUGCAGCGAAUGCACCAGCAGCAACUCGGAGUGCAUGUGGUGCAGCAACAAGAAGCAAUGUGUCGACUCAAACGCCUACGUGGCCUCCUUCCCUUAUGGACAAUGUAUGGAAUGGCACACUGUCAGCAACUGUCCACCUGAAAAUUGCUCUGGCUACCUCACUUGCGCUCACUGCCUGGAUCAACCUGGCUGUGGCUGGUGCACGGAUCCCAGCAACACCGGCAAAGGGAAGUGCAUUGAAGGCUCAUCCAGAGGUCCAGUCAAGAUGCCAAAGCCAACACCACCCGCUCUGCCAACUGUGAAGGCUUACCAAGAACCUGUCCUGGAUGUCAGCCUGUGCCAGGCGGAGAACAAAUACAACUGGUCCUAUAUUCAGUGCCCAGCUUGCCAGUGCAACGGGCACAGUAAAUGUGUGAACCAGAGCAUCUGUGAGAGGUGCGAGAACCUGACGACCGGCAAGAACUGCGAGACCUGUAUCUCUGGUUACCAUGGAGAUCCCACUAACGGAGGGACCUGUCAACCUUGCAAGUGUAACGGCCAUGCUUCUGUCUGCAAUACCAACUCAGGGAAGUGUUUUUGCACCACAAAAGGAAUCAAAGGAGAGGAGUGUCAGCUGUGUGAGGUCGAAAAUCGGUACCAAGGCAAUCCACUCAAAGGGACAUGCUACUACACUCUUCUUAUUGACUAUCAAUUCACCUUCAGUCUUUCGCAAGAAGAUGAUCGCUAUUAUACAGCAAUCAAUUUUGUAGCAACGCCUGAAGAGCAAAACAGAGACCUGGACAUGUUUAUCAAUGCUUCUAAAAACUUCAACCUCAACAUCACUUGGUCAACGAGUUUUGCAGAUGGCACCCAGGCAGGGGAGGAGAUCCCAGUGGUUUCAAAGAGCCAGAUCAAGGAGUACAAGGACAGCUUUUCCAAUGAGAAAUUUGACUUCCGCAACAACCCCAACAUCACUUUCUUUGUCUACGUCAGCAACUUUACAUGGCCAGUAAAAAUACAGAUUGCAUUUUCUCAGCACAGUAACUUUAUGGACCUGGUACAGUUCUUUGUCACUUUUUUCAGCUGUUUCUUGUCGCUGCUCCUGGUGGCUGCCGUGGUUUGGAAGAUUAAGCAGAGCUGCUGGGCUUCGCGGCGGAGAGAGCAACUACUCCGGGAAAUGCAGCAGAUGGCCAGCCGUCCCUUUGCCUCCAUCAACGUUGCCUUAGAAACGGACGAGGAGCCCCCUGAUCUCAUUGGCGGGAGCGUAAAGACGGUGCCCAAGCCCAUUGCAUUGGAGCCAUGUUUUGGCAACAAAGCAGCCGUUCUGUCAGUAUUUGUGAGGUUGCCAAGAGGCCUGGGAGGGAUUCCUCCACCUGGGCAAUCAGGUCUUGCCGUAGCCAGUGCUUUGGUGGACAUUUCACAACAAAUGCCUAUUGCCUACAAAGAGAAAUCGGGAGUGGUACGAAAUCGCAAACAGCAACCUCCAGCCCAGCCUGGAACCUGUAUUUGAUGCAUGGACAUCAGAACUGCCUCUUUAGGGUUUUAAACACAAGGGGUUACCUGGGAGGAGGAGGAAGAGGAGGAGGACAAAACAACAGAAACAAAACCCUUGCAAAAUUCAUGGCGCAAAGGAGACCUCGAAGCACCCGGGACCACCUUGGCCUUCUUGUUGGCAUUGGAACCAUUUUAGUUGGCUUUUUAGACAUCCACUUCGUCACAGACUUGUCGGCCCCAUUGUCUCGUACGGCUCCAGGUUUUUUUUACAGUUAUUUUCCCUGAUCUUGUUAAAGAGCAUUCUUUUGUAAGCCCAUCAGCAUCCCUCUCCACCCCUGAAAGAUGGCAUUACCCUGCAAAGACGAAAAGUCCUCGGCUCUUAGCGGAAAAUGCUUUGUGGUACUUGAGGUCUCUCCCCUCCCUCUCCAAAUUGUACAAGAAAAGAUGCAGCACAUAAAGAUAAUGCUCUGCCCUCGGCGGUUGAAACCCUACGAUUGAAGGAGAAGCUAACUCAAUUUACUCCAGGAACCUGCCGUUAUAAACACUGUAUUUAUUUUUACCUUGUUUAGAGCGCGCUUCCAACCACAAACCAUACAUACGUUGGGCCUGGGUUACGGUUGCAACUUUACCAUCAUUGCAUCUGACUACAUUACCUUCCAAGAUGAGACUGAGUAGGUUGGGAUACGAUAUGUGUGGCGUUGCCGAAAAAUCAUUUCUAAGUGGGUUAAUGUGCUUUUGUUGUGGCGGGUAUGUGGGCUCAGGUAUCCCAAGGUGUUCAGUAUAUCUGGAAAGCGAGAGAGCUGGCACAGCUCAGCCCUUCUUUCAUUCCUUUUUUACUCUGGUCCAUUGUUGUUCAACAUCUUACAGCCAGGAAGGAACGUGUUUUAGGACGAUGGAGCAGUGCCGAAGUCAGGGAGGGCUGACUUAUACUCAGUUGACACUGUGUGUCUGCAUCCAUUCAGGGCUGCUUUUGCAUUGACACUCCCUGUUUUGGGAUCCUGCUCUCCCCAUUGCUAUUCUUGUACCCCUUCACCCCGAUCACUGGGAGGCGGAAGAUUUCAGCAGAAUAAUAGGCAAUGCGCUGCUGGAAGUGGCUGAGCUUUAUGUUGCCUGGCUUGUUUGUUAGUAAAAUACCUGUUCAGUAGCCUCAUUCAUCAGACCUAUGUAAAUCAGUUCAUUGCAAUGUCAGGGUGUCAUUCUCCUGCAAGAAAGACUGGUUGGUGCAAAUGUGAUAGGAGGACACUCACGGCCCCAAAGUUACAAAGCAUCCUUCCCACUGGGGCCUUUGGGGAUCCAGCCUUGUGUGGCACUGGGAACCUAGAAACACGACCAUUUCUUUGCCCCUGGGAAUCCCCAGGAACUUUGCAGAUCAGCAAAAAUAGCUAGUUUUUAUUAGCUGGCAGCAAUAAAAACAGCAGCCUUGAGAGCAGCAAGAGAUGACGCUUACGCUGCAGACUGCGCUGGGCUUGCAGAAUCAACAUGUGUUUGAAGUUGCUAUAACUCAGGUUUUACUUGCUCUCAGCGCCUCUUAAGUUCCCUUUGCAAAGUGUCAACAUCUGUGCUUAGAAGAGAGCAGGGAGGUUUCCAAAAGGGGACAGCAAUUCCCAUUAUAAAUGAACUAUUACCUAUUGUUUGCAUGUGUCAUACUAUCACCAAGGACUUGUUUAAUGUGUUGUCAAAGGCUUUCAUGGUCAGAAUCACAAGGUUGUUAUGUGUUUUCCGGACUGUAUGGCCAUGUUCCAGAAGUAUUCUCUCCUGAUGUUUCGCCCACAUCUAUGGCAGGCAUCCUUGGAGGUUGUGAGAUGUAUAACUCACAACCUCUGAGGAUGCCUGCCAUAGAUGUGGGCGAAACGUCAGGAGAGAAUACUUCUGGAAAAUGGCCAUACAGCCCAGAAAACACACAACCACCCAAGGACUUGUUUGUUGGUUAGCUCUAGCCAGAAUUAUACUGCUUUUGCACAUGUCUGCUCUGAUUGAUACCAAGCACUACGGUUUCCUGCAAAGGCCUGCCCUGCUCAUGGUAGUAUUGCUUGCACCCCUUCAACUGGGGUCUGUUGCUGUUGGCAAUCCUAGAUAACCAGGCUUUGGGCAGAUCAGGGCAGCUGUAAUCUCAGAGAAUAAAACUGUUCCUUGCUGUUGAGGCCACCACUGCAAAUGGCAUUGACAUUAUGUUCCACCCCACCUCCAAAUGCCAUGCAUGUGGCACAUAAUAAUAAUAAUACAGUCUUUAUUUGUACCUCACCACCAUCUCCCUGAGGAGACUCGGAGCAGCUCACAGAAGUACUGCAAGUGCCGUGUAUGAACAACAAUACACAAGUAUGAAUACAUGACAUAAGUAUUAAAACAACAAUAAACGUAAAAUCCCAGUAAAAAUUGUAAUAAUUAUAAAAUUUCCUAAAACUUAAUGGAAUUUGCGAAUAAGCUAGCUAUCUACAAUUAUAAAGUGUGGAGUGGUGCAAUUGGUGGGUCAUCAAGCUGGCCAGAUUACACAGGAUCAAAGACCUGUCUGAAGAACCAUGUUUUUAAACUUGUCUGAAAGGCUUGGACGGUGGGGUACCCUGUUCUGGUUGGAUAGGGAGGGACAGUUUGCCCAGAACAUGUAAUGAAGUUGGUUUCUUGACAAUAUCCGAUAUCAUGUAUACUUCUUGAAGCAACCCUUCCCCCUUCACUUACCGUUUUUGAAUGCAUUAAUGUAUUAUGUGUUAUGCACAGAAUGUGCAACGGUUGUCUUUCUAGCGGGAAAGGAGGAAUGGGGAAAGCCAAAGAGUUUCCCAAAGAGUUGGGGUGAGGAGUGGAGCAUGUUGUGCCGCUGGAAUUGCUACAUCAGUUUUCAUCUCAUCAUAAAGUUUCCUCAUUUUGGGUGGCCUGACUUGAAUAUUGGGUGAAUCCUCUACCUGUUGAAUGCCAUUGAACUGGAACAAAUGUACAAUUAAAAGUGGCAUGUCUUUGGGUUUUCCCCUCCCCCGGUCCCUGAAUUUGUUUCCUUGAAGCUGCACAAAACUCAAAUAACUCUCAGAAAGCUGGAGGAGAGAUAUGGUGAGCAGGGUAUUAGUCCUGAGACCUAUUUUUAUCUUUAGGGAGGCAUUGAGCAACCUGUAUAACUUUGGAAAGAGUUGGCCAACUUUUCCCUUGUCUGCAAGGCUGACUUUGGUGCUUGAAACCCCAUUUCUUCUUUGUGCUGGAAGCAUUGGAUCUGGCAAAGAUGUCCUGCCAAAGUCUGGAAUGAGGCCAGGCCUCCAACUAGCCAACGGGACCCUUUUCUGAUAGCUGAUCCAAGAGCUCAGAUCUGGGGAAGGAGAAUGGAGUGCCAUCCAAUGCGUCUUCUUCCAGGUUGUUCCAUCCUCACCAAUGCUACUUUCAUUUGAGGGCAACAGAAUUUGGAGAACCAGAUAGGGGUAUGGGAUGGUUCUUCCUUUUCUCUUCUUCAUUCCUAACACAGGCAGAACCCAAAAGAUAAACUUAAUCCAGCCCUUGUAUCUGUAAUGAGCCAAACCAUGAAAGGGGGUUGUUUCUUGGAGAACCUCAGUUCAGGAGGCCUUGAGUGUUUGUUCUGCCGAGUCUAGAACUUCCCUCUUGGUCUGUAAAAGAGGAGGCUUUCAUUGGUAUUCCCAAUAAAACAGUUUUACUAUCUUCCUCUUCAAAGGUCGGUUUGUCAUCCUGGAGGUGGUCAGUAAACCAAGGCGACACAUUGCUGUUGCUGAGCCAGCACACUGACCUAACCAAAGGGUAGUAUUUCGAUACGUUUUUAAGAAAAGUAAAAAGCUAUUUCAAAAGCCCCGCAACCCAACCCUCGUCCCUUAUCUUUUACUAGAAUUAUAUGUCGAUAAAAGCAGAAGAAAAAGAUAACACUACCUUUGUGCGUACAUCUUAACAGCGUGCAGAAUGUCAGGAGGUUUAUUGUGUCUAUAAAGUCUAGGGAGGGGUUGAGAGGGAAUAUAAUGUAUUUUUAGGUGCGUUUUAAGGCAAUGCAAGAGCAUUGUCUUUAACAACUUGCACAAAUGCCGGGCGUGGAUGGCGCAGAGCUUUUAAGCUGUCAGCCUCACUAAACAGCUGGUAGGCUGUGGUGCGGAGAAGGAGAGGCCACCCGUACCUGUGUGUCUGGCUUUAUAAGGCUGUUCUCCACCCCAAAGUCAGGGACAUUUGCCCAUGGCAAAAGAACCCAUUGAAACAAACACAUCCCUCUAGAAAUGCUUGGGUUUUAUUGGAGCAAACCAACACUAUUUUUCAGCAACUGUUCCUCCCAGAAAAGAUGUGUGCUUUGUUUGCAAAGGAAGGAUUUGGGAACCUUAGCAUUACUAUAAACGAAGAACAUUAGUUUGGAGAUGGAAUUGAUGGUUUCUUUCCCAAUUGCUCUAGUUCCCAAACAUUUCUCCCGUCAGUUCCACUUUUCUUUUGGUGAGUUUAGCCCAGCCAUUAGUGACCAGCGCUGGCUCAUAAUGGUUAAAUGGGGGAUUGCUGGUACCUCCAGCUUGCCCUUCAGACCCUAGACGUGUUGCCUUGUUCCAGCCAGAGAACCUGUGUUCCAUGCCGGGUGUCUCGGUUUCUUUCCCUUUUCUCGAAUCUUCUCUAUGAAUAAUGUAGCUAACGGUGGCGAAUUGCAAAUGCUCAAAAGAAUGACAAGCUGUGAAAACACCUCUUGACAGGUACCUGCUUCUUUCCAGUUACCAUGCACACUAUAUUUUUAAAAAAUCCCCCCGCAGAGAUGGUUGAUGUGUGAGAAUAUAUUCACUUGGUUUCCAGUAUACUUUUAAAAUUACUGUCAGAAGCAGGCUUUGACAAAAGGCAUGCUCAGGAAAGAAGCCGAGGCAAAGAUGGAGAGCUUGGGCCAGCAGAUCAGGAAUCAAACUUUGCAUUUGCUAGGAAAUGUGCUUUUAAGCAAGACCUCUUUGUUUCCUGAUUAUUAUUAUUUUUAAAACCCUCUUAGUACCAAUCCCCAUCUAUAAUUUGGAAAUAAUUGUGUCCUAAUUUACAGGGUCAUUGUUAAGAAUCACUGCAAUUGUGUGUGACACAUUCAAAAGCUCUUUAAAAUGUUAUACAGUGUAUCACCCUGGAUGCACCCAGUCGCAUCUGUUUUUUGAAGCUAAGCAGAAAUCAUUUUAAGGAGAAAAAUAAUAAUAAAAUACUUCGCUGAAGCCUUGGAGAGAGGCACUGCAGCCUGCCAGAGUUAAGGAUACUGUCCCAGAUGGGCCAAGGGUGCAUCUACAUAGUAGAAUGAAUGCGGUUUGAGACCACUUGAACUCCCAUGGCUCAAUGCUAUGGAAUCCUGAGAGUUGUAGUUUGGUGAGAGGUCAGCCCUCUUAGAUAGAGAAAGCUAUAGGAAAAGGCAGCUUCCCAUGUGCAUGUUUUUAGCGUGUGUGUAUGUGUGUGUUACUAGGAUUGCUCCUGAAAGCCAGAAAGACGCCCAAGUGCUUUCCCCGUCUCCAAUCCUCACAUAAAACAGCUUUCUCGGCUCUUGUCUCAUUAUUGCAGGUAAACAUAAACAGCGCCUUUGGGUGAAAUUGAUUUCUUUCCACUUAACGGAUGUAAUCCAAACCCCGCUGUGAGCCUGAGUCGCAUCUGCAGCUCCUUGGUCCCUUGGUAGGGAUGGCAACUGCGUGUUCACGUGUGCAGUAGCAAUGCUCCUGGUUAUGUGGAUGCCCAGAUCCCUGGGUGAGAUAGAGAGAACCAUUCGCCAAGGAAACUGGAUUUGAAUCUCUCGGAUUCUGUUUCCCAAAGACAGGAAUAGCUUUUGUGUUUCAAUACGAAGGAGAGUCCAAGAAGUGAGGGGUAGGAUGGGAUUGCUAUGCAUAAGGUGCCCAAAGAAAACCGUAAUUCUGUACUUGAGGCCUUAAACAACAACCUAACAUUGAAUGUUUGUUGCAUUACAAGUUGAGUAUCCCUUAUCAGAAAUCCUUGUGACCAGAAGCAUUUUGAGGUUUUCCAGAUUUUGGAAUAUUUGCCUAUACAUAAUGAGAUAUCUUCGAGAUUAGACCUAAGUCUAAACAAGGAAUUAAUUUCUGUUUCAUAUAGUCUGAAUGUUCUGCACACAAUAAUUAUGUGCAUGAAGCAAAGUAUGUGUACAUCAGAAAGCAAAGGUGUCCUUAUCUGAGUCACCCAGGUGGACAAUUCUGGAGCAUUUUGGAUUUCUGGAUAAGGGAUGCUCACUUUGUUCCUUCUUUUCAUGGGAAGCUUCAUAGCUCAUCACUGGGCAAAAAAGGUUGCCUGCUGGGUCUGCCUGGUCCAGAGAUUGGUCCUUUGGGAGCUGCCAAAACCAGAUACAAAGGCAACAGCUGUCCCAUUCUCUCCAUCCCCAUUGACAUACGCCAAAUCAGAUGACCUCUGAAUGCACAAGGUCCACUGAAAGCCACCAACACCAUGGUGGUGGACAUGGUUACAUCUUCUUUAGCUUCCUGAGCCUGCUCUCUCCAUGCUUCUCAUUCCUACUGAAAUAACUGGAAUUUUAGCUAAUGAGCAUAACACUAAUUCUCAUUCUACAGUUUUGGUAGCCUGGGCUUUUCCUGGAAUGUGUCCAUUUUAUGUACAAACCAAUUCUCUUUCUUUAUGAUUAUGAUAGUGAUGGAACAACCUGGAGAUGGGCGGCGUACAUGCUUUGGUGCUUGUCUCUAUUCUGUCGUCUCUUCUCCCUGUUUGGCAAGCUCCAGAUGUGUUGGCCAACCCAUGUGAUGGUUGGAAGGUGAUGGGCUAGCACAUCUAAGAGGUGUUGAGUUGGAAAAGCUUGUUCUGUGGAUUUGGACAGAACUGGUUGCCUUUCUUGUGACCGGAAAAAAAUAGGAAGUAUUUUUUUUGUCCUGGUUCCUUUGUCUUCUGCCGCUGGUUUUCCUUCCUGUCUUCCCUCCCACUCUUUUCUUGCCAUCCUCCUUUCCUUUUUCCUUUCCUCUUCCUUUCUUUUCCUUCCUUCCUUCCUUCCUUCCUUCUCAUCCCUCUUUCCCUUUUCCUCCUUCCCUCCCCUCUAGCCUUCUUUCCUUGCUCCCUUCCUUUUCCUUACUUCCCUUUUCUUUUUCCUUACUUUCUUCUCAUCCCUUUCUUUUCUUUGCUUCCUUCCUCUCCUUCCUUCCUUCCUUCCUCCCUCCCUCCCUCCCUCCCUCCCUCCCUCCCUCCCUCCCUCCCUCCUUCCUUCCCCUUCUUUUUCUCUUUCCUUACUUUCUUCUCAUCCCUUUCUUUUCCUUCCUUCUUUCCUCCUUCCUUUCUUCCUUCACGUCCCUUCCUUUUUCUUCAAUUUGUCCUUCCCCUUCCUUCCUUCCUUCCUUCCUUUUUUCUUUCUUUCUUUCUCCUUCCUUCCUUCCUUCCUUCCUUCCUUCCUUCCUUCCUUCACAUCCCUUUCUUUUUCUUCAUUCUUUCCUUCCCUUCCUUCCUUCUUUCUUUCUUUUUCUUUCUCCUUCCUUCCUUCCCUCCUUCCUUCCUUCACAUCCCUUUCUUUUUCUUCAUUCUUUCCUUCCCUUCCUUCCUUCCUUCCUUCCUUUCUUGCUUUCUUGCUUUCUUGCUUUCUUUUUCUUUCUCCUUCCUUCCUUCCUUCCUUCCUUCCUUCCUUCCUUCCUUCCUUCCUUCCUUCCUUCCUUCCUUCCCAUCCCUCCCUCCCUCCCUCCCUUUUCCUUCCCUCUCCCCUCCUUCCUCCCUUCCCCUUCCCUCCCUUCCCCUUCUUUCUUUCUCUUUCCUUAUUUCCUUCUCAUACCUCCCUCCCUUCUUUCUCUUUCCUUCCUUCCUUCUUGUCCCUCCCAUCUUUCUCUGUCCUUCCUUCCUUCCUUCCUUCCUUCCUUCCUUCCUUCCUUCCUUCCUUCCUUCCUUCCUUCCUUCCUUCCUUCCUUCCUUCCUAUCCCUCUCUCCCUUUUCCUCCCUCCCCUCCAUCCUUCUUUCUUUCCUUCCUGCCUUUUCUUUCCUUCCUUCCUCCCUCCCUCCCUCCCUCCCUCCCUCCCUCCCUUCCUUCCUUCCUUCCUUCCUUCCUUUUUUGUGACCUGUAAACCUUCCCUGAAAAGGCAUUUCCUGUGUUAGGGCCAUCUCUCCUCCCCGGCUUUUUGGGCGUCUUCCAGAUAUGGAAAAUGCUUUGACACUUGAAUCCUGUCCCUUCCCACCCGAAACCGGCUCCGAUACUCAAACCAGGUUGGGGGAAAUUAAGUGCAAUGUGUCCUGGUGCGUUAAAUAAUGUGGGUCCGUUGGAAAGGGAGGGAAGGAGGGACUGGUUCAUUUCCAUUGCUCUGAAAUUUGUGCACAAAGCAUUCUUUUCUCCCGAGCUCUUGCAUUAAUUUUCUCUUUUGAAAUCCCCUUUUGGGGGAGGGUUCUUCCCCUUGCUGUUCUUUUCUUCUUUUUUUUAAAAAAAGUAUUCUGUAUUUUGGACCUGAGCUUAGUUUUGUUCAUAUGUAUAAUUUCGCUUUUAUUGCAUUCAUAUGUAAAUAACGAGUAAGUAUUGUAAAGUAUUUCAUUGCUGGGCUGGGGUGGGGAGGGCUAUGAAAAUACACAUUUUAGGGCUGCUGAUUUUUUGGUAUUUUUUUGUAUUGUAAAAAAUGAAACAAAAUAAAAAAAAAACCCGCUAAUUUAAAAGCUGGAACAAGGUGAUGAAGACAUGCAUUUGAAAAACACCAAUGUGAACUCUGUGUAUAUAAAUAAAAGUCAGUAAUGAAGAAGCUUUUCCCCCUCCUUCUGGAAUAAAAAAAGUGGAAGGUCUGGUUUAGAAA